AUGGCAGCGGGACCAGAGCGGCCGGUGGCGGAGGCGCAGCGGCAGGACCGGGACCAACCGCCACGGGAGAACGGCUGCAUGCCGCUGGAGCAGACACAGGCCCCCAGGCUCCUGCCGCACGUCGACGGCUCAGUACUACCGUCUCUCGGGGGAUUUGGCAAACACCAAAAACAGCUCGUUGUUCUGACGUGGAUACCAGCUUUAUUUAUCGGAUUUAGCCAGUUUUCAAAUUAUUUCCUUUUGGCGCAACCAAAAGGCACGUGCGUGGAGCCUCUUGUUAAGGGAAGUAAUUGGACUGUUGGUUCUUUAAAUUUACCGGUGACCGCCACGAACGGUGGCAUUGGCACGCCCGUGCCUUACCUACUCCGAGGCAAUGGCACUCGAGACGGUGUCGGUGACAGCGGCGGCAUGGAGUGCGCGUGCAAGGAGUGGAAGCUCGAGCUGCAGACGGGACUCAGUCAGAACGUGGUUACCAAGGUAACGUGUGCUCCAGAUACCAUACCUUCCCUCUGAUGAUUUCUGCGUCUGAAAAUACAUAAUAAGCCUAAUCAUCAGCAUCACCAACACUGCAUCUUAUGCAACUAUGGGGCGGGCACAAGCUAAUUGUCAAAGAAAUGUAGCCUACCCAGCACCACGGACAGCGCAUGCACUUUGUCCAUUGUUCCAUUCUGUGCCAUAGGCCUACUGUAAGAGAGAUCACAGUUUGCCCUCAGAGCACACAGUAACUCAUCAAACAACUUUAAUUUCUCUGCUGACCCGAAUUGGCAUGAUCAAAAACACACUACACUCAGGAGUAUAACUAUCCAUACAAGCUAAUUUAAUUAAUCCUACCAUGGGCACUCUGUGAUGCUGAUGAGAGCAGGGGAUGUGAUUAUUCUACAAUCCACCAUAGAAGAAGAGUGGGUGUAGCUGUUAAGUCUAUUGUUGCCCCAACACAUUUGUAUUUGUAUUUAUUAUGGAUUCCCAUUAGCUGCUGCCAAGGGGUCCAGCAAAAUUAAGGCAGUUAUACAUUUUAAAACAUUUCAAUACAUUCAUAACAGAUUUCACAACAUAUUAAGUGUGUGCCCUCAGGCCUCUACUCUACUACCACUUAUCUAUAACACAAAAUCCAUGUGUACAUGUGUGUAUAGUGCGUAUGUUAUCGUGUGUUUGUAUGCAUGUGUCUAUGUUUGUGUUACUUCACAGUCCCCGCUGUUCCAUAAGGUGUAUUUUGAUCUGUUUUUUAAAUCUAAUUUUACUGCUGGCAUGAGUUACUUGAUGUGGACUAGAGUUCCAUGUAGUCAUGGCUCUAUGUAGUACUGUGCGCCUCCCAUAGUCUGUUCUUGACUUGGGGACAGUGAAGAGACCUCUGAUGGCAUGUCUUGUGGAGUAUGCAUGGGUGUCCGAGCUCUGUGCCAGUAGUUCAAACAGACAGACAUUGCUUGGUGCAUUCAACAUGUCAAUACCUCUCACAAAUACAAGUAGUGAUGAAGUCAAUCUCUCCCCACUUUGAGCCAGGAGAGAUUGCCAUUCAUAUUAUUAAUGUUAGCUCUCUGUGUACAUCCAAGGUCCAGCCGUGCUGCCCUGUUCUGAGCCAAUUGAAAUUUUCUGAGCCAAUUGAAGUACCUCUUUGUGGCAACUGACCACACGACUGAACAGUAGUCCAUGUGUGACAAAACCAGAGCCUGUAGGACCUGCCUUGUUGAUAGUGCUGUUAAGAAUGCAGAGUAGCGCUUUAUUAUAGACAGACUUCUCCCCAUCCUAGCUACUGUUGUAUCAAUAUGUUUUGACCAUGACAGUUUACAAUCCAGGGUUACUCCAAUUUAGUCUCCUCAACUUGCUCAAUUUCCACAUUAUUAAUUACAAGAUUUAGUUGAGGUUUAGGGUUUAGUAAAUGAUUUGUCCCAAAUACAAUGCUUUUAGUUUUUGAAUUAUUUAGGACAAACGUAUUCCUUGCCACCCAUUCUGAAACUAACUGCAGCUCUUUGUUAAGUGUUGCUGUCAUUUCAGUCGCUGUGGUAUCUGACGUGUAUAGUGUUGAGUCAUCCACAUAGAUAGACACACUGGCUUUACUCAAAGCCAGUGGCAUGUCAUUAGUAAAGAUUUAAUAAAGUAAGGGGCCUAGACAGCUGCCCUGGGGAAUUCGUGAUUCUACCUGGAUUAUGUUGGAGAGGCUUCUAUUAAAGAACACCCUCUGUGAGUGUAUGAAAAAAAAAAAUUAUGCACUAACUGUAAGUCGCUCUGGAUAAAUGACUAAAAAUGUAAAUGUAAAAUGUGUUCUGUUAGACAGGUAACUCUUUAUCCACAAUAUAGCAGGGGGUGUAAAGCCAUAACAUAUACGUUUUUCCAGCAACAGGCUAUGAUCGAUAAUGUCAAAAGCCGCACUGAAGUCUAACAAAACAGCCCCCACAAACUUUUUAUCAUCAAUUUCUCUCAGCCAAUCAUCAGUCAUUUGUGUCAGUGCUGUGCUUGUUGAAUGUCAUUCCCUAUAAGCAUGCUAAAAGUCUGUUGUCAAUUUGUUUAUGGUAAAGUAGCAUUUUAUCUGGUCAAAAACAAUUUUUCCCAAAAGUUUACUUUUUGAGCCAGUUAAGGGGGCUUUACUAUUCUUAGGUAGGGGAAUACAUUUUGCUUCCCUCCAGGCCUGAGGGCACACACUUUCUAGUAUGCUUAAAUUGAAGAUAUGGCAAAUAGUAGUGGCAAUAUCGUCCGCUAUUAUCCUCGGUAAUUCUCCAUCCAAGUUGUCAGACCCCGGUGGCUUGUCAUUGUUGAUCGACAAUAAUACUUUUUUCACCUCUUCCACACUUACUUUACGGAAUUCAAAAUUACAAUGUUUGUCUUUCAUAAUUUGGUCAGAUAUACUUCGAUGUGUAGUGUCAGCGUUUGUUGCUGGCAUGGCAUGCCUAAAUUUGCUAAUCUUGCCAAUGGAAAAAUCAUUAAAGUAGUUGGCAAUAUCAGUGGGUUUUGUGAUGAAUGAUUAAUCUGAUUCAAUGAAUGAUGGAGCGGAGUUUGCCUUUUUGCCCAAAAUUUCAUUUAAUGUGCUCCAAAGCUUUUUACUAUCAUUCUUUAUGUAAUUUAUCUUUGUUUCAUAGUGUAGUUUCUUCUUCUUUUUAUUGAGUUUAGUCACAUGAUUUCUCAAUUUGGGUACAUUUGCCAAUCGGUUGUACAGCCAGACCUAUUUGCCAUCUCUUUUGCCUCAUCCCUCUCAACCAUACCAUUUUUCAGUUCCUCAUCAAUCCACGGGGAUUUAUCAAUUUUUACAGUCAUUUUCUUAAUGGGUGCAUGCUUAUUAGUAACUGGGAUAAGCAAUUUCAUAAAUGUGUCAAGUGCAGCGUCUGGUUGCUCGUCAUUACACACCACCGACCAACAAAUAUUAUUCACAUCAACAACAUAGGAAUCACUACAAAACGUAUUGUAUGACCUCUUAUACACAAUGUUAGGCCCAGCCUUUGGAACUUUGGUUUUCCUAGAAAUGGCUACUAUAUUGUGAUCAAUAUAGAAGAGAAAGAAAAAACAUUGGCAUGUCCAAUAAAGUGCUCUCUGAUUGAAUCAAGUUUGGGUGAACGACAAUGUGCCACUGUUCAGUAUUAUUAGUCCGUGAACCUGCAUCUGAGCAGGUUUGACAAACAAUCAAUUCAGUCUUAAACUUCUAUGAGGUAAGGUUUCAGUGUGUGUGUUGUUAGUAUGUGUGAUCCUUUUUGAGUGUUUUACUGUGUGUGUGUGUGUACAGUGCCAGACAUCUGCUUUCUCUGAUAAUGCUGGGUUUAAAUAGCUAUUAGAUAAACCUAUUACAGACUGUUUCUCUCUUUAUCGCACACUGCCCAGGCCACUGCAGACUUAUCAAUCAUACCCAAUAAUCAUCUCUCUCUCUCUCUCUCUCUCUCUCCUCUCUCCUCCCUCGGCCCCUCCAUCUCUCUCUCUUCCUCUCGUCUCUCUCCUCCUCUCUCUCUCUCCUCUCUCUUCUCUCUCUCUCUCCAUCCCUCUAUCCCAUACUAUCCCGUCCCUCAUAUACCUCUCUCCCUCCUCUUCCCUCACGCCCUCUGCUCUGGAACAAAGCUGGGGGCUCAGCAGUGUGUGAGUCACUGUUAAACAGCCAUACUCUUUCACUCACAGCUGCUGGACAUCACACACACACACGAAUGCACACGUUGAACGUAAGCACACACAGACACAGUCACAGACACACACACCACACACACACACACUGUUUUAAAUUAGCUACGCCAUUGUGUGAAUUGACCUGAAACAUAUACUUUUUUUAUUAUCUGAUACUCAUGAACACAGACAGGCUCUGUGUGACUUUAAGCAUGACCAGGUCAGAGACAUGGUUAUACAGACUCACUCUCAAUCUCUCUCUCUCUCUCUGCUCUCUCAUUUUAUAUUUCACUCUCACACACAUGCACGGAUACACACACAAUCAGUAUCUCUGGCUCCCUUGUGGUGCAUGUUUGAAUGGUACACAUGAGAUUACAAUAUGUUUGCACACUCAAACUCCAUAUCGACCUUCAUGAAUAAUCAACACAUUCACAGAGCAAAGCAGCGAGAGAGAGAGGGAGAGAAAGGAAGAGAGAGAGGGAUGGAGAGUGAGAGAGGGAGGGAGAAAGAGCAAGGGACAGAUAGAGAUAAAGAAAGAGAGAGCGUGAGAGAGAAAGGGAGAUUUAGAGAGAGAGACAGUCAGAGGAAGAAAGAGAGAGGCAGACAGACAGUGUUGAUAAUUCACAACACUCUGUGCUGUCAGUGCAUUCCAUCUGCACACAGGUUCUCAGGGUAAACACUUGUGCAUAGGGAUCUUUUAGUUUUGUCUCUAUUCUCUGACAAAUGACUCAUUACUCUUUCUGUUGUGGUGUUUGCUGUGUGAUAUCAUGCUGUUGAUAGAUAUAUGGUGUAUGGUUGUCCCUCUCUCUCUUUCACCACCCAAAAAAAAAAAAAACUUAGCAUGAAAUUAUCGAUAUUGGUUGCAUUAGGAACUAGUUGGAAUUAUAUAGAGGGGUGCGGGGGAAAGGUAAUACAAAAGACUGAUAACCAAUAAGGAUGUUUGAGGUAUUAUUUCCUAUUGUUAACAAUACAUUUAAUUUCCUGACAUGUGCAGUGUGUCCCCCUUUUCCCCUUUCUUUUUGUGAAUGAGAUUUGAGAUUUUUUUUCGUAUUGUUAAUAAUACAAGUAUUUCCCCCUGUCUCUCUCUCUCUGCAGUGGAACUUGGUGUGUGAUUCGGCCUGGAAGGUUCACAUUGCUAAGUUCUCUUUCCUAGUGGGAUCUAUCUUUGGCUACCUGGUGAUGGGCGUCAUGGCCGACUGGUACGCUACCCUGCACAGUCCUCUUCCUCCAUUUCACAUCUGUGGCUGCAUCCCAAUUCUCCACACUUCUCCCAGUGUAUGCACUUGCACACUCCCUGUCAUGGAUUCAAAAACAUCAGAUUGGUGUAAGCAUUGGUUGGAGGGAGUUUUCAAAAUGUUUACUAUAGAUCCAUGACAGAGAGUUUGCAAGUGUACACUUCUGGAAAAGGAUGGAGAAUCUGAACCCAGACAGUGUGUGUUUCCCACUCUGUGUCUGUAUCCCCUUCCCCCAGACAUCCCAGAAUAGAGCAACAUCUUGUAUUAAAACACCCACUGCGCUCCCUGUUGAGGUUGUCUGUGGGAUGAGUUGUAGCUAUAGCAACAGAGGCUGUAGAAUACCGGUUCACAACUCUCUGACCCAAUGACCUGCUGACCUCUGAACCAGGUUGUCGGAGAAAACAGGCUGGAGGGGAUCGGAAUGUUCUCUACCAGAAAAAGGAAAAGGUCUGCAUCUAAAUUUACCAUUUCUCUCAAGUUAUCUCAAUACACUCUGGGGAGAGGGAGGGGGAGGAAGAGAGAGAGAGAGAGAGAGAGAGAGGAGCAGGUGAUAAGUCAAUGUCAAUGUCCUUGUUCUCUCUAGAUAUGUAGAAUCUCUUCUGUAGCAGAAGAGUAGAGAGAGCAGCGACGAGGUAGGGGAAAAUGAUGAGAGAGAGAGUAGAGAGAGGAGAGCGGCUGUACUCUCGAGAGGAGAUAAGAGAGUUUAUAGGAUCUCUAUCGGAGAGCCGAGCCGAUCUUAGACAUACGAGCUUCUUUCUCGCUCUCGAUAGCCUAUCUCUUUAGUCUGCUCUCUCUCUCUCUCUCUCUCUCUAUCUCUCUCUCUCCUCUCUCUCUUCUCUCUCUCUCUCUCUCUCUCUCUACAGGUUCGGUCGUCACCCGGUUCUGAUCGUCUCGGUCCUGUUCAUGUUGGUGUUUGGUUUGAGCGUAGCAUUCUCCUUCAACGUGACCAUGUUCAGCACACUGCGUUUCUUUGAGGGUUUCUGUCUAGCUGGCCUCACUCUCUCCCUCUACGUACUG